GCACCCAAAUAACCGAAACUCAAUCACUAAACCAUGGCCCGCCUCAAGCUGAAGAAACUGGAGGAGUAUCUGCAGUGUGUCGAUGGAUUCGAGAAGCCGAAGAUCAUGCUGGAGCAGUAUCCAACGCCUCCGCACAUAGCCGCCUGUAUGGUGCAUCACAUGCAGGCCCAGCAUGACGACAUUGAGGGGAAAUUCGUCGGAGACCUGGGCUGCGGCUGUGGCAUGCUGAGCAUAGGAGCCACUCUGCUCGGCGCGCAGCUGACUGUUGGCUUUGAGCUGGACGGGGAUGCUGUGGACAUCUACAGAAACAAUGUGCAGGAAAUGGAGCUGCCCAAUGUGGACUGUGUGAGGACGGAUGUCCUGCAGCUGCCGGGCAGCAAGUGGGAGAAAACUUUCGACACAAUCGUCAUGAAUCCGCCCUUUGGGACCAAGCACAAUGCCGGCAUGGAUAUGAGGUUUCUAGAGGCAGCUCUACGAUUGGCCACAGGAGCGGUCUACUCUCUGCACAAGACCUCCACACGUGCCUACAUACAGAAAAAAUCUCUAGAGUGGGGUGCCAGCGGCUCUGUGGUGGCCGAGCUGAGGUACAACAUCGAGGCCAGCUACAAGUUUCACAAGCGUCAGUCCAAGGACAUCGAGGUGGACUUCUGGCGGUUUGACAUCAGCGGCAAGGAUUAGCCUGCGCCGCGUAUGCAUUUUCUUUGGACAUUAUUACAUUUAUAAUUUACAAACAUUUAUAGCAAUAUAGGAAGGAAAGCAUUUAGAUCGAAACUCUUCUCUCUUUUA